CUCUCCGACAUUCCACAUUUCAGUGUGGAUCUCUCUCUCACUCUCCCUCUCCCUCUCCAGUAAUGCCUCCGACUCUUUCCCUCAUUCUCUUCUUCUUCUUCCUCUUCCUUAAUCUCUCCGCCUUAACCUUUUCUCCCGUCUCCGCCCUCGGCUUCAACUGGGGAACCUCCGCGUCCCACCCUCUUUCUCCUUUCAAGGUUGUCCAACUCUUGAACUCCAACAACAUCACCAAAAUCAAGCUCCUCGAUCCCAAUCCCCUCGUCCUCCAGGCCUUAUCUGCCUCCACUCUUCAACUCACCAUCGCCAUUCCCAAUCCCAUGCUCAAACUCCUAAACUCUUCCCGAAAAGCUGCCGAAAGUUGGGUCCACGAUAAUGUCACUAGGUAUCUCUCCGGCGGUACAGGCGGUGUUCGAAUCGAGUAUAUUGCAGUUGGAGAUGAACCAUUUCUUCUAAGUUAUGGGGACGAGUAUUAUCCGUAUGUCAUGGGAGCAGUUGCCAACAUUCAGGCAGCUAUAACCAAGGUGAACUUGGAGAGCAGGAUAAAAGUUGUUGUCCCAUGCAGUUACGACGCAUUCCUGUCUGAAUCUGGCCUUCCUUCAAAGGGACAUUUCCGACCUGAAUUGAAUAAAACAAUGAUUCAGCUCCUGACAUUUCUUACUGCACACAGAUCACCGUUCUUUGCAUCCAUUUCCCCAUUUUUAAGUUUCCUUCAAAACAAAAAUAUUUCUCUGGACUUUGCCCUCUUCAAGGAAACAGCACGCCCCCAUAACGAUAGCCAUAGAACUUACAAAAACAGCUUUGAGUUGAGUUAUGAUACCUUAGUUGCAUCUUUAUCAAAGAUUGGAUUUUCGACAGUGGAUAUCGUUGUGGAACAGGUUGGAUGGCCUACUGAUGGAGCAGACAAUGCUAACUCAUCAACAGCUGAAACCUUUAUGAAAGGUUUGCUGGAUUACCUCCAUAGCAGAUCAGGGUCCCCCCUUAGACCUCGACGUCCACCUCUUGAAACCUAUAUCUUAAGCCUAUUAGAUGAAGAUCGGAGAAAUAUAUCCACUGGACCAUUUGAGAGACACUGGGGAGUGUUCACUUUUGAUGGCCAAGCAAAGUACCACCUUAACUUUGGUCAGAGAACAAAAAAUCUUGUGAAUGCUCAAAAUGUAGAAUACCUCUCCCCCAAGUGGUGUGUUCUCAACAACAACAAAGACUUAUCUAAUGCAAGUGCUCGUGCUUUAGAGGCAUGUUCUGUCGCUGACUGCACUGCGCUUGCUCCUGGUGCAUCUUGCUCCAAUAUUGGUUGGCCUGGUAAUAUCUCUUAUGCAUUCAAUAGCUACUAUCAACAAAAUGAUCAAAGACCAGAAAGUUGUGACUUUCAAGGGUUGGCUUUGAUCACAACCAUCGAUCCAUCAAACAACAACUGCAGAUUUCCCGUCCAAAUUCGAACCUCGAAUUCACAAUCACUCGAUGCUUCCUUCCUUCUAAAGGCAAUCCCAUUAUCAGCAGUCUUUUGGUUAUCUCAAAUUGUUUAUCUACAAUAGAGCAAUGGGGAUGCACUCCAUUUUGAAAAUGAGUCGUUUUCCGAGUUUGGUAAAGCUCUAGAUUUCUUGGUAUGUUUCCUUUCUCCAUUAUGUUUCCAAUUCAAGUGGGGAAAAGUAAGCAUGUUUUCCAAUGUAUAUCUAAAAUGUGAAGCUAACCUAUGUGUAAUGUUUGAGAUUGGAGAGACUAACAUGAACCCUUUUGUUAUUAUUGUCUAACAAAAACACAUUCCCAUUUACUUCCUUACAUGGCCUCAUUUUUCCCUGCUUUGACUAUAAUAUCAUCGACAAGAUUUUGUUAA